AUAUUACCAAUUGUUAAUCAUUUUUUAAACAUGAGAAUGGAAAUAUAAGUUAUUUUUACUAAAAACUGUUAAAAAUUCUACAAAAUAUAAAAUAUUUUUUUUUACUAUAAUAAGUUUUUUUUGUAGUUUAGAUUUUAAAGUUAUAAGAUAGACAAAUUAUUUUGUUGAUUCUUAGUAAUUUCGAAUAGUUACUAUUUUAUUACUGGUAUCUUUUUAUUUAUUUAUGCAAUAUUAAUAAAUUAAAUAUAGAAAUUUUAAUAUUUAAAAAAAAUAAAAAAAAUAAAAAGUUAGAUGUUGACAAAAAAAAGUUAUGUACACUAUUGCUAAAAAAAACCACAAAAAAAGUGUUUUUUGGUUUUUGGUUUUUGUUAAGUUAUUUCAAAAUCUGGUUUCCCUGCAUUUUAGAAAAUUUAUUUUGCAAAAAUCUUUAUUGGUAAAAAAGUGGUUUUUAGAAAAUCAAAAACCAAAAACUAGUGCAAAUUUUUUUUUCUGGAAAAUUUAGUAGCUAACGAAUAGUUUUAUGGAAAAUAAAAAGUUAUUGUAAAAUAUCUUUCAGGUUUCCAAACACACACGAUCAUCAAAAAAGAAGAACAUGGGCUUCCCACUCUGUUUCAAAAUAACCGCCAACACCUCGAAUACACACACAGAAACUACUUCUCUGCUUUGUCUCCUAAUAACUUUCUUUCCUCUAGCAAACCUCUCCAAUGGCGUCUUCUCUCUUCAUCAUCUUCUUCCUCACUAUACUUCCUCUCUCAGUUCUCUCCGCCACAGUACUCGAAGACCUCGCAAACCUCACUCCCCCUCCCGACUUCACGAACACCAUCACCCAAAACUGCAUCCGCAACCCACUCCUCCGCUACUGCAACAACACUUCUUCCUCUUCCUCUCCCAUGGACAUCGUCGAGAUCUUCCGCUCCACCAUCGUCGCAAGCCACCUCUGCAACGAGUCCAAAAACCCCAACUGCGUCGAGUCUUUCCCCAAGAUCAGAAUCCACAGCCGCCCCAAAACCGCCGCUCUCUACCUCUCCUUCGACUUCUUCUGGAAGUACUGUCCCUUAACCGUCGUCGAGAUCGAUCUCGUUAACAACUCUCUCAACAGCGAGUUUCCCACGAACGUUCUCUCUUGCGCUCAGAUUCGAACCCUUGACCUGAGUUACAACCAUCUCUCCGGUUUCGUCCCGGUUCAGAACCUCUCCGGUUUAGCGAACCUGACUCAUUUAAACCUCUCUUAUAACCGUUUCUCCGAGGAUAAGAUCUCCGACUCCGAGUUCUUCAAACGGUUCAACGCCUCGAGCUUCGUACACUCCGGUGUUCUCCCCGAUGCGAAGCGUUACAAGGUGAAGGUUCUGGUCUUGUUGAUUGUGUUUCCGAUAACGGUGAUCCUCCUCUGCUUCUGCCUGGGGUGGAUGUGUCUCAAAAGGCCUGAUUACUUACCCAGAACGUGUCGGAGAAGCCACAAGUUCACGUCCGCGAUGAUCGAUGCGGCGACGGACGAGUUUUCGGAUCAGAAGCUUGUGAGCAAGAGCGGUGGAGUUGAUAUCUACAGAGGAGCGUUGAGAGAUGGUACGGAGGCGAAGAUCGAGGUUUAUACGGAGAAGGUUUCGAAAGAGAAGAGGCGUGAGUUCGCUGAGGAGUGUGAGGCGGUUUUUAAGCUGAGGCAUAAGAACUUGGUGAGAGUUUUGGGUUGGUGUAAUGGUAGAAGCUUGAGAGCUUUGGUUACUGAGUGGACUUAUGGUGAAAGUCUUGAGACUUGGCUGAACUCUUCGUUGGCUUGUUCGUGGAGAAGGAGGUUAAGAGUUGUUAUGGGAGUUGUAGAUGGUUUGUUUUAUGUAUCGGAACAUUGGCCUGAGGUUACACUUGGUCUUAGCACAAGCAGUGUUUUGUUGUCGGAUAAGGAUCAAGAACCGUUGAUCUCUCAGUUCAAGAUUGGAGAUGGAAACAACUCGUCAACAAAUAUAUUCAACUUUGGAUUGUUUCUUUUGGAGAUGAUUACUAAUCUAAGACCCGAUGAGGCACAAGAAGAUUCAGAUAGGAAGUAUCUUGAGUACAUAAGAGUUCAUUAUCCGGAUAAUCUAGAGAGAGUGAUUGAUGAGAAGAUGAAGGUUGAGGAGAGGACGUUGGAGAAAGUUAAGCAAGGGAUUACACUUGGACUUAUGUGUACUGAUAAGCCACCAUUGAAGCAACCGAGCUUGACGCAAAUUUAUGAUUCGGUGGUUUCUUUGUAUGAGUCUAGCUCAAGGCAUCAUUGAGAUAGUGUUUAGGUUUAGGGUUUGUUGAAGAAUUUUAAGCUUUUACUAUUUAGUUUUAAUUUUUCAGAUGUUUAAUGGGAUUUCUACGGAUUUAAAAACAGAUUUGGGUGUUACUUUGUUAGUGAAAUUGAAAAUUUCUAUUAUGUGAGAAUUUUCAGAAAAUGAACAUUUGGUUGGAAGAGAUGAAUACAUGUAAAUGGGCGUUAGUUAGUGGGUUAAUGUUAUAUUGGGCUUUCAAUGUUUUGUAGGUUCUUCCGAACCGACCUGGAUAGUGCGAACGGGUCAAUAACUCGGAUGCUUAAGGAAACAACCAACAACCCA